GGCGUGGGAACCGGUUUACUUCCGGCUCAGCCAGCGAUGACAUCCAUUCCACUGGCAGACUUAUCUAAUCUUGGGACGAAUGAGACCCGUGAAGGACUGGUUUCUCUUAGCGAGUCGAUCCAGAAGCUUGGUUUUCUAACUCUUAAAUCCCCAUCAACUCCUUCCAAAGAACAAAUUGAGAAUAUCUUCCGCAUCUCCCAGCGUUUCUUCGAAGAGGAAACGGACGAGAACAAAGAGGCCGUCUCAAUAACAGUAGGAAACAAGGGAUGGGUCAAGAGGCGUCAAGAGGCAUAAAGUCAACUAUCCAAAGGAGACCUCAAGGAAGCAUUUAACUUAGGCCAUUUUGUGGAUGGAAAACCAGCACAACCACUCCCACCUUCAUUGGACGAACGGAAGGAUGAGCUCUACUUGUUCAUGCAAUCAUGCCACGAUU